UACCACCACCACCACCACCACCUCCUCCAGUGACAACGUGGGUACCGAAGAAGGCGGACCGGACCGUCGCUACUCUGCCCGCUGACCUAACCUGCCCGACUUGUUAAUUAAGCUCCCCCGUGACCUGCUCUGACCUGACCUGACCUCCGAGAUGGCCCGAGGCGAAGGACUUGAAGAGGAAGGGUUCUCAGUUCUGUUUGCCCGGUUCCUCAUGCUCAACAUCUCCAUCGCCUGCGUCAUCAUCGGAUUCUUCUUCCUCCACGACUGUCCCCUGGAGCCCCUCAUCCCUGUGUUUCUAAUUGUUCACGGUUUUGCUUCGUUCUUUGGUCUGGCGCCUGACACGUGUGCGAGGUGUUACCCGGGCUCCUCCCCCUCCAAAAUCGUCCUUGUCAUCACCAUCAUCUUGCGCCUCUUCGCCUUCGCCUGGGUGAUUGCAGGUAGCGUCUGGGUGUUUCGCUUGACCGAGCAGCAAGCCAACCCCACCGAGGGAGCGGAGACCUGUGAGGAUGUCGUUUACUACAGCGCCUUCGUCGAUAUCAUCAUAGCAUACGUCUACAUCAUCUUCUCGCUACUCUGCUGCCUCUGCUGUUCCAAGAAGGAGGAGUAGGGGACUAGGGUUACCAUACUACACAAGUCCCCUGGCAGCAAGCUCCCCCUGUCAUGAAAUUAGUAGUGAUGUCAGUAAGUUUGCUGAUGAUACCAAGAUAUACGUCUACCAACUCUACAUCAUGUUUUCGCUACUCUGCUGCCUCUGCUGUUCAAAGGAGGAGGAGUAGGGGAUUAGGGUUACCAUGCUACACAAGUCCCCUGGCGGCAAGCUCCCCCUGUCACGAAAUUAGUAGUGAUGUCAAUAAGUUUGUUGAUGAUACCAAGAUCGGCAGAGUAAUUGAGUCGGAUCAGGACGCUAGUAUUCUCCAGGAUGAACUAAGCAGAUGGAGUUCAGAGUCUGGAAGUGCAGUAUUCUGAGUGUAGGGAGGAACAACCCAAGAUCUAUAUAGGGAGGUCUGCCGAAGCGUGUGAACCGCGGAUGUGUGUGGAGCCUGGUCAGGUCAGAAAGAGUAAGCCUGCAGCAACGGUAUAUAGAAGUGGGGGGACUCGAUGGAAAGUACUUGCUUGUUGAAAAGGAAAACAGAACAGUAUAGAAAUUUGGAAUGUAAAGAGAAAAAUGAGGGAAAGGGAAACUGAGCUCUUUUUUGGCUACUCUUUCAUAUUGUCUUUUAUGGGAGCGGCGAGAAGCGGGCUUUUUUUUUCACAUUUUGUUGCCCCUGAGCCUUGUCCUGUGAUGCAAAAUAAAUAGCAGACUAGAGGGAGCUGUUACAAAGACAAACUCCCGACCUAGAACUGUACUGAUCUUUCAA